UAACUGGGUGUGGCAAAGUACCAUGUGCGUAGGCUUCGUUCUUUUUGAAAGCAGCUAGCUAUAAAGCUAUGUCUUCAAGAAAGCACAAGCGGUCCAAUGUGGAAGAACGCCUUCCUCCGGCAAAGAGAGAGAGUCGCACUGGCACGAAGCGUUCUCACCCUGGCCCCCUUACCUGUGCAGAAGAUGAUGUCGAUGACGACGAGGUAGAGAAGAAUAGUGAAAUGGAGCUUGAGCUCUCACAGCUUUCAUCUCAUGAAUUUGAGGAAGGAACUCUAUCGUUUAAAGAGGCGGAGGCUGGUGUGCUGGACAAGGUGGAGUUGUUUGACUUUAUGUGUCACAAGCAUCUGGACCUUAGCCUCAGUCCCAAUGUCAACUUCAUCCUGGGACGGAAUGGAAGUGGUAAGAGUGCAAUCAUGACUGGGAUAGUAGUGGCUCUGGGUGGCAAGGCACGUAGCACUGAGCGGGGCUCCUCUCUCAAGCAGUUUAUUCGAACUGGGGCCAGUAACUCGAAGGUUUUGGUGCAUCUGAGGAACAGAGGUCAUGAGGCAUACAAGCCUGAGGAGUAUGGAGACACCAUCAUCUGUGAGAGAGUCAUCAAGGAAGAUGGAACCACUGCCUACAAGAUAAAGUCAGAGAACGGAAAGUUGAUUUCCAGCAAGAAAGAAGAGCUGGUGGCCAUCACAGACCAUUGCAACAUCCAGAUUGACAACCCAGUGUCCCUACUCAACCAGGACACUUCUCGUAACUUCCUCCAGAACUCCAAACCCACGUCUAAAUACAAGCUCUUCAUGAAGGCCACUCACCUCGAGCAGAUCGCCAUUGACUACCAGCAGUCCCGAGAAGAGCAGACACUGAUGGAGCAGAGGAUUGGAUCAAUGGCAGCUUCACUCCCUGAAAUGCGAAAUGAGGCCAAGAAGUUAGAGGAGAUAGUAGAGUCAUUCAAAAGAUUCACUGAGAUGGAGGACAAGAUUAAGCAACUGGAAAAUGAGCUCAAGUGGGCCAUCGUUGUGGAAAUGGAGGCAAUUCUCCCCCCAAUUGAAGCUAACAUCGAUAAAGAGAGAGGAAGAAUCCCUAGGAACAAAGAAAGAGCAAACACUGCACAGAAUGCCGUGAGCUCAGCCAAACAGGAGAUGAAAGAUACCAACAAGGGACUCACUGAAGUGACCAAGGAGAUCAACCAGCUCAGUGAAGAGCGCAGUGUAAUUGCUAAUGAGAAGAGAAAGAAGAACCAGGAAUUCCGUCAUCAAAGUGAUACCAUUUUGAAGCAGAUUGGUAAAAAGAUUGGCGAUACCUUAAAGGAGAAAGCUGCUUUGGAGAAGGCCAAGCAGGAGGCUAUCUUAUCGAGCCAGCGUGAUGUGAAGGGUGAACGAGAGGCUAGGCUGAAGGAGAUAGAGGGACUGGAGGAACAGAUACGUCGAGUGAACGAAGAGAUCUCUACAGCCGAGACAGAGAAGUCUCAGUUUCAGGCUGCUCAGAGGAGGGCAGAUGAGUUAAUCCAGUCUCACAGAGCUAAAGAGGGUAAUAUGCAAGGUCAGGUCCAGACAUGCGAAACACAGUUGAGGAGACUCAGAUCCAGUCGCAGUGACAAAAUGGCUGCAUUCGGAGAUGACAUGAGGACGUUAGUGAAUGAGCUUCAACGAAACAAGAGACAGUUUCGUAAGCUACCCAAAGGACCAAUCGGAUCAAUGAUUCAAGUGAAAGACCCCAAGUGGUGCACAGCAAUUGAACAGGUGUUCAAAUUUAAUACCCUCAAGGUAUUUGUAGUGGACAACCAGCAAGAUGCGAAAAAAUUUCGAGCCAUUGCUGAAAGAGUUGUGAGAAGAGGGCCGAUUCCUGAAGCCAUUAUAUCUCGUUUCCAGGACACUGUGUAUGACGUCAGGCGUAAUCAUGCCCAGUCCUCUUACCCCGCUGUGUUUGACAUGCUGGAUGUGUCAGACUCGGAUGUGAUGAACGUGCUCAUUGACCAGUUUCAUGUGGAGAAGGUGCUCCUGAUCGAGGAAAGAGAGGCGGCCAAUCGAAUCAUGACACACGAGACGCCCCACAAUGCAAAGUCUGCGUACACUCUGUCUGGAGAUCUCGUUGAGCCUAGUAAGCAUUAUUCAAACAAGAGUCGACCAUUUGGAAUCCUCAAAGCCAGUCUAGAAGAUUCCAUCAAGGAUGAGAAUCAAAGGCUGAAUCAACUAAAGGCUGAACUCCAACAGCUGCAACUUAAGGGCCAGUCUUUCUGUACUGAACGUGAGACCAACAGACGCUUGGAAACAGGACUCAGUGAGAAAAUUCGCCGAAAGCUGGGAGCGAAGAAAAAGCUGUCAAUGAAGCUAACUCAGCUACACAAUGCCAGGGAAGAAGAGGAGGAGCCUGAGCAGGACAUUGCCACUUACGAGUCUGAGAUAGCUGAGUUGGAUGAACAGAUAGCAGCCAGGGAGAGUGAGCGAACAGCACAGGAGGAGGUGGUCUCUAGGAUUAAGGAUGAGCUUGAAGAGAUUAACCAGCGCUCUAGGCAGACUGACAUCAAGGUGGAGCAAGUAGCAGCUCGGCACGAGGAACUCAGGGCUCGUCUUGAGGAGAGUGAUAACAAGAAGAAGCAAGCCGAGAAAAGACUAAAGACCUGCAAAGGGAGGAUUGCUGAGAUCAAUGCACAAAUUGCCUCACUGGAGGAGAACCUACUCAAACGACAGGAAGAGCUUCAAGAGGCUGUGACGACGGCUGAGGAGGGGAGUGAGCGUGUGGAGACAGACAAGAGUCGUAGGGACAUAUCCAGUGAGAUCCGCCUGUUGAAGCAGCACAUCAGUAAGGACCAACCCAGUCUGGAGGAGCAGGAGAAAAUGCAGCAGACUUACACUGAUGCCAUGGAAAAGUAUGAGAAACAUUUGAUCAUCCACAAGAAGCUGAAGAAAACUCUAAGGGAGUUGAAGAAGAGUCUCACCAAUAGGAUAACCAACUACCAGAAGCUUCAAGAGAGAGUUGCCACAAGAGCCUCCCACUAUUUCACUUUUUUCCUCCGACAGAGAGACUAUGAUGGAAAACUAAAGUUCAACCAUCCUAAGGAGCAGCUAAUCAUAGAGGUCCAAGUGGACAGCCACACGCAACAAUCUCAAGCCACGUCUAAUGCCAAGCAGCUGUCUGGAGGUGAACGGUCGUACACCACAGUGUGUUUCAUAAUGGCUCUGUGGGAUGCUAUCCAAGCACCCUUCCGAUGUCUGGACGAGUUUGAUGUGUUCAUGGAUAUGGUGAAUCGCAAGAUCAGUAUGCGCAUGAUGAUGCAGUUAGCAGAGGACAAACCAACCAGACAGUUUCUCUUCUUCACACCCCAGGAUAUGAGUUCCAUGGGAGUGACUGGUAGCAAGAUGGUGAAGGUGCUGAGACUGCAGGAGCCAGUCAGAGGUGGACAGGCAACUCUCGAUCAACUUAACAACUAGAACAAUUGGGAAAUCCCUUCCUUGUUGACACAGUCACUCAGUAUAGUAUACCUCAUCUGAUGAACAUUCACAUAUCUAACAGCCCCAUUAUAUACCUCAGUUUUGCAACCGUGUUUCAUCUGUGAAGUUUGUUAUUAUUAUAUAACCGUGAAAA